AAGUAAUGGGAUUAUAGGAGGAGGGCAAACCAAAGUCCUGAAAUUUGGAGGUGCAACUCUAAACCCCUCGAAGCUUCGGUUGGCUCUAGUCACUAGUCUAGAUGACGACCAGAAUAGCGCCGGGCGUCGGCGCAAAUCUCCUCGGCCAGCACUCCGCCGAGAGAAACCAAGACGCCACCGUCUACGUCGGCAAUCUCGAAUCCAAAGCAGGUGAAGAAUUAUUAUGGGAGCUGUUUGUGCAAGCAGGUCCAGUUGUUAAUGUAUAUGUGCCCAAGGACAGAGUUACAAAUGCUCAUCAAGGCUACGGGUUUGUGGAGUUUAGAAGCGAAGAAGAUGCCGAUUAUGCAAUCAAGGUUCUUAAUAUGUUAAAAUUGUUUGGAAAACCUAUUCGAGUAAAUAAGGCUUCACAAGAUAAGAAAAGUGUUGAUGUCGGAGCUAACCUUUUCAUUGGAAAUCUGGAUCCUGAUGUUGAUGAAAAGCUUCUUUAUGACACUUUCAGUGCUUUUGGUGUUAUUGUUGCAAAUCCUAAGAUAAUGAGAGAUCCGGAAACUGGAAAUUCUCGCGGUUUUGGUUUUAUUAGCUAUGAUUCUUUUGAGGCUUCUGAUGCUUCUAUUGAGACAAUGAAUGGUCAGUAUCUCUGCAAUCGUCAAAUAACAGUGUCUUAUGCAUACAAGAAAGAUACUAAAGGAGAGCGCCACGGUACCCCUGCAGAAAGGGUUCUUGCAGCAAGUAAUCCUACUACCCAAAGAAGUAGGCCCCACACCAUGUUUGCGAGUGGACCUCCAACAAUCCCUCAGCAAAAUGGUGGUGUCAAUGCCCCGGUUGCUCCAAGGCCCUUUACAAACGGCCCUGUUCCUCCACCACCAGUCCCAGCACUCGGUGCGCCACCUCCACAGAACAUGUAUCAACCUAUGCAGAUGCAAGUGCCAUCUUGGCAGGGCCAGCCACCGCAACCUGGUCAUGCUGGUAUUCCUCCACCAAUGCAGCAAUUCAGAAGCAUGCCACCUCCACCUCCACAAAUGGCUCCAGCUCCUAUGAGACCUCCACCGCCUCCAUCUGGAAUGGCUGCUCCACCUGGUUGGCGACCACCGCCACCUCCCCAGCAUCUCAUGGGUGGAACCCAUCCCAUGCAGCAUAUGAUGCCCCCACCUCAACAUAUGAAUAUGGCGCCACAGUAAACUUGACACUCGUGAAGUUGUUAUAUGCCAACAUUGGUACUGUUCUGACCUAUUUCUUAUUACGACAUGUUCAAGUAGUUAGUUAGAAAAUAUAUUCUUGUUCAACUUUUUGAUUGAUAAUUAUCUAGUCAGAAGUUCAGCAUUA